UACCCAAUUCGAACUUGUUUUAGCACUACCAUUACCUCAUCGAACUUCAAUCCUUUUUAUGCCUGCAUUCUACCUCAGUUUAUGGGACAUCCGGACAAGAUAUCCGCACUGCUCGAAUGGUGUUCAACUUGCGGUAUAACAAUUGAUCCACGGCUGCGUGUUGUUUGCCACGAUGAAAGCAUCAGCGUUCGUUCUAACGACAAGGAGAUUGCACCCUUUUCUUCAGUGGUGCAUAUUCCAAAAGAUGCUAUUCUUUCGGUCAAAUCGUCCUCUGUUUCGUCGGCCGUCGUCCCCAGCCCUGUUGGACAUGAAGCCCAGUUGUCAUUGGCGCUUGCUUUAUACAUUGAACUAACGAAAGGCGCAUCAUCUCGGUGGCAUGGCUAUCUGCAAUCACUUCCUACACAAAUCGUGGACAUUCCCAUUCUGUGGCAAACAGACGACCAUUUCAUGGAUUCUACGGAUAGAAAACACGUUUUAAAGUGGUUAAAGGGGACUGAGGUGGAAAAGGACCUACUGGCGCGUGUGGAUGGCCUUACUCGUCUGGAUGAAUUACACCAAUACUACAGUGAAGUGGCAGAGCCCGUGUUCAAAGCGUACUUCCGAGGCUCAUCCACCGCCAAGUGUUCUUUACAUGGAUUUUAUCAUGCAUAUUCGCUAGUCUCAUCCAGAGCCUUCCUUGUCGAUGCGUAUCACGGGCUUUCAAUGGUGCCUAUCGCAGAUGCCUUCAAUCAUUCUCAAGAAAAUCAUGUACAUCUUGAGAGCGAAUAUGAUGUCUGCCCUGAAUGUGGUUCCCUGAAGGAAUGUGCUCACGACGAUGAGCCUUCACCGGGGUCAGAGGAUCUUGAGGAUCAUUUUGAAAUGGUCAGCAACACACACAUUCCAGCCCACGGGGAAGUGUUCAACACAUAUGGCGAAACCCUCAGCAAUGCUCAGCUGCUUCUACGAUAUGGCUUCAUUCUAGAUGUAAAUGAUAACGAUCAAGUCAUCUGGGAUGUAGAGGAGCUACUGGAAGACAUCCCAGACAGCAUAAUCGAGGCCUGGCGCUCGAUUGACAUUCCAACGGAGACAUGGCAGGAUCGUUUUUCUGAAUUUUCACAUCAUAUGUGGUUGUUUUACGCCCUGCUGGCUUGUGUACGGCUUGGCUGCGAUUGUUCCUUUGCCGUCAUCGCGGAUCGCUUAGUUGAGCACGAGGGAAUAGACGACCAAAACUUUUCUGGCGUAGUAGAUCGCAUCAUAGCGGAUAUUGCGGCCUCCAUCAUCGCCCUUUGCACGAAGAGACAAGCGCAAUUGGGCGAUCCAACGGAUGAGAUAGACGCAUUGGAUUCGACAAGGAUGCCUCUCACCUAUUCGGCGAUGCUCCAGGUAAUGGGCGAGCGUUCUAUACUGGAGAGUUGUCGUGCUGGAUGGUCGGAUCUUUCGGGGACAUCUUCUCCCCGUCAGCAUCCGUAGCAAGACCAUGGUCACCAUCUCAUGUUUCAUAAUGAAGCGAUUUCAAGCCGGGCGUCGCCGCAGAUUUA